GAUAUAUAAUCAGUCUGUCUUGGCACUCGUGCUUGUAAUGCUGCUCGUCAGAAGACUAAGCUUACACGUGUUCACAGAUCAGAGCAGGAGCAGUCGUUGUUACAUUACUUAUAUGUACUCGCAACCCACACAUUCAUUUCCGGUCGUAAAUUGCACAUGUUACACAGAUCACCUCGAGUUCAUAGUGGCGAGAUCUGAGCAGUGUGGGGACUCUUGUGAGCCAGGCUGAAACAACAUCCACCUGUUCACCUACGCCCACUGGGAGGCAGCAGCCCACCUACGCCCACUGGGAGGCAGCAGCCCACCUACGCCCACUGCGAGGCAGCAGCCCACUUACGCCCACUGUAAGGCAGCAGCCCACCUACGCCCACUGCGAGGCAGCAGCCCACCUACGCCCACUGCGAGGCAGCAGCCCACCUACGCCCACUGCGAGGCAGCAGCCCACCUACGCCCACUGUAAGGCAGCAGCCCACCUACGCCCACUGCGAGGCAGCAGCCCACCUACGCCCACUGUAAGGCAGCAGCCCACCUACAUCCAUUGCAUGCCAAGCUGAGGCAACUGGAGCCAGCCACCUACACACCAAGCCAACAUACUCAUCUUUAACAAUUUUUCAUAUUUUUAGGCUUAAAGGCUGCCGGGUUAAGACCAUACUACCUUAAUUAUUGUUAAGUCACUUAUGAGAAAUAAACGCCAAGCCAGUAUGAUAAUAUAGCACGUGGAAGAGGCUAGAGGCCAGAACAGAAGGACGAAGUAGAAACGGUGCCUAACCAUUUGGGCCAUUGGGGAUCGAUCGCCGACCUGUAAGAAGCAAGUCGGCCAUCACUGCAUCAACCUUCAAACCUGUCGGUAUGCUGUAAUACCGACCAGAGUUAAUGAUAGCAGAAAAGGCAAGACUUGGCCAAGUUGAUUCACGGUAGUGAGCGAGGCAGUAUAUAAUGACGGUGGGGCCGAGGAAGCUGUCGCAGCUGGCACUCGUACUCAUGAUGGCUGGGAUUACCACACAGAUUAAAGAUAAGUGUCAAGAAAUUCCACAGAAGACAAAGCAAGGAAAUUGGAUCAAUUUAACUCUUGUUGAAAUCACACAAAACGAGAGUAACAUAAAGUGUAAAGGCACCAAUAACAUACACAGAUUGGAGUCUUUUAAUGAAGAUAUCAAAUCUCUCCAAAAAUGUGGUGAUUAUAAUACACCAAGGUACACUGAAACUUGCUCCAUCACGAAGUUAUUAGAGGGUAAGACAUACACACUAAUUAUGGCCCUCCAUCUGGAAUGCAUUGACUCUGGCCCCAAUAUGAAUGAACUCUUUGGUACUGUUAUAUGUUCUGUGCCAGAAACACCACCCAUUUCUUUGCCUCCCGAGGACACGACGGGGACUACAACAGAACUCCCUCUACUAAACACAGCUCCUGCACCACCUCAUUUCGAAUCACCCAGUUCAUCAGAAAAUCAAAUAUGUGAACCGUGUAUGUUCCUUGCCAGAAUGGUUAAACAAUUUUGUUCUAAUUUAAUUACCUUCGUGAUAUGUGUAAUCAUUAUUGCAAUGCCGUAUGCAUACAUUUUGAUACAGCUUAUCAAAAAAAUUAUUAGAAUAAUAUAUAGGUACACGACAACCAAUGUUGAACAACCAAAUCAAGAUGAUAUGCUGUUGCAGCCCACAAAUUAGUAUAAGACUUAAAUCAUACACAGCUAUAAGAACAUUCAGAAAACAAAAACUACCAGAUCCUGUAUUUGCUACUGUCCAUCCUUUGUAAAUGUGAAGAAACAAUUUGUGGCUUGUAACAUAGUACAAGUACUUCCAAUGCCUAUACUGUAUUUGCACCCAUCUAUGGUACAGCAGCAGUAGUGAUAGGUUCCAUGUAAUAGUAAAUCAAAAUACAUUUAGUAUAAUAAAUAUUAAGAUUAAAGAAAGGGACAAUGGUGAGUGUUAAAAGUGACGGUGAAUGAAAGAAACCAAAGAUAAUGCGAUAUAACUCAUACACACACACAAGAAUGCGAUAUAACUCAUACACACACACAAGAAUGCGAUAUAACUCAUACACACACACACAACAAACAACUAACUGAUGUUCCAAGAGUCAGACUCCACCAAAGCAGAAAUUAUGUGCAAAUCAAGGAUCCUUAAUCAGUGCAAUGAAGACCUCAAUGCUUCUUGUACGUCGACACUCAUUUCCAACUGUUCAAGUGUUCGGACAACUGUUCCUUCACUCCAUCCUUGUACUCUAGCUUCCAUCCUGUCCUCGUAUCCCUUCCAUACACCAUAUACCAUAUAAUCCUACUGCCUUAAUGCCAUCUCUUGAUACUUGCCCUUUCUUUGAAUAAAGCCUUAAAUAUGGAGUGGCCUCUCAAAUGUAAUAAAAUUAUGUAUCAAUUUAA